CCAAAGUACAUCGACAACAUGCUGGACCGCCUUCCUGAUACUGUCCUCCUGCAGUGUCUCCACCGGGAGGUUCAUCUCCACUCGGGAGCCAUCCCGAUGUUUGGAAAAACCAUCCGUCCUCCAUCCAUUAUUUCCAUAAUCGAGAAUACUUGUCGCAAUGCCGACAUUGCCUCCGCUACCCAGGUUCUCGUCGUGGACGACUGGCUCGUCGGUAACCGCCGCCGAGAGUCCUUUACCACCGACCCCGUGACCCUCAAAACCCUACUGCAAACCGCGAAAUUGUCUCCAGACCAGGAAUCCUGGUGGCGCGAAGCUCUGGAUGCCUGUCACCAGGAUGCCUGGAUUGCCCUGCUGUUGCUGCAACUGCCCAACCUGCGCAAGCUAGAGAUCAGAAACAUGGAACCGGGAUCGCCAUACCUGCAGUCCAUCCUCACCCGGCUGACCGACCCAAAUGACCCCCUCACGGGUCUCACCCAGCUUUCAGAAUUGAAAGUCAGCCCGGCAAUGUUCGGUCACGACUUCUUUCUAUCCAGCUUCAUCCCAUUCGCCCAACUACCCGCCAUACAGAAAUUCCACAUUGGCGGAGCCAUCGACUCCUACCCACCCCCACCCCCUGCCCUCUUCAAAGCAGCCAGCGAAUCCAUCCGCCGCCGCGCCCAAGCCAACGGCACAAACACCUCGAUGGGGUGGGGAAUCUCUCCCGCACAAGCCCAAUACCUCGAGAACAUCUCCAGAUCCAGCACCCUCGCCCCAUCCGUUCUUUUCCCAGCCCUCACAGCCGCCAAACCAUCCCUCCAAUCCCUCUGGAUGACAACCACACAUCGCAUUCGCCACAGCCCACGGGAUAUAUUCACCCAGGACCUUCCGGGGAUCCCCAUCGGAAAUCUCCAUGAUCUCCCAUCCCUGAGAGCUCUUCGCAUGCGCGUUGAAAAUAUCCUAUCCAUUACACAUGCCUCAGAUAGGACACUCACAAACACCAAGGACAAAUUAUGGGAUAUCCUUCCACAUACCCUGGAAUCUCUCUUCCUAGAGGACUGUGAUCGUGCACUCUUCCCCGAGAUCAUUAACCAAUUACAACGGAUGCUUCACAGCCGAGAAGAAGCACAACGGCAAGAACUGCACCAAGAGACCACGCUCUUCCCAUAUUUAAAGACAGUGGUAUUGCAACAGCCCCGCGAGGAAGCAGAUCGGACCCGGUUCGAAUUCCCACCGAAUAUGAAGUCGAUUUCGAGAGAAAUGAUGGAGGAUGUGGCGAGACAUCGCAUGGCGGAGAAUGAUCUUCAACCGGAGGUGUGGAAGGGGUUGAUGGAAGUGAAGGAGAAGUUUGGGGCUUUGGGGGUGGAGGUUAGGGUUGUGGAUAAGAUGAGGACGGAUGGGGAGUUUUUGUUGAGGUGAGGGUUGAUUUGUGUUGGAUUACUGAGGAGGUGUUCUUUUGUUUCUUGUAGUGUGGGGACUAUGGGCUAUUAAUUAAGGGGAUGUACAUGAUACGUCACUGAAUAAAGCCCUCUACAAGUUAUAAAGGCUUGUAUCGGGGAUAAUGGAUGAUGUAUAUUGAUGAAAUAGAGAUAAAUGCUCAAG